AUGGGAGACCGGCAGUACCACCAUCACAAUCGUUCGUUCCGCGGUGGUCACGGAGGUGGGGCGGGGGGCUACGGUGGCGGGUACGACCAGCACGGCUAUCACAAUCACCGCAGCGGCGGUCGAGGUGGUCGAGGUGGCGGCUGGCACGGCGGUGAAGGACGCGGUGGCGGCCGUGGCGGGUACGGCCGCGGUGGUGGCGGCGGCGGCUACGGGAGCCAUGGCGGAGGGGUCCAGCACCACGGCACAGACGGAGGGCGGGGGCCCGGCGCUGGUGGCGGCGGUGGCUAUCAGCGCAGCUACAUCGGCGGAAAGCGUGGUCGAGAUGAGGGUCCCGAGGGUCAGCCCCCCAAGCUGAGUCCGCAGCACCUGCUGGUGGCCAAGCUGCUGGGCGUGUGCGAUCGUAACACGGGCUCCGGACGAGACAACUGGACUGACGAGCGCUUCUUCGACGACCUGCUAAAGAGCUGCCGGCGGGACCUGGAGCACGGGGGUGAUAAUGUGGCCGGGCUGCUGGUGGAGGCGGCGGUGGAGGUUUCGUUCAAGACACAGCACUAUGCUCUUGCGCUGGGCAUCCUCAACACGGAGCGCCCCGACUUCAGUCGCCGCAUCACCGCCGCCGUCAUCACUGACCUGCGGGACUGCCUGGCGGCACCUGAGCCACGAAUUUACCGAGCCAAGCAGCUGCUGCGAUAUCUGGCUGCACUGCACGCCGUCAAUGUCGUAUCCGCGUCCUGGCUGCUGAGCACAUUUACGGCGUUUGUACAUGCCGCCAGCGCCGCCUUGGCGCAGGCGUCAGCGCUGGCAGCGCAGCAGGGCCACAUCCUCGACGAUCGUGAGGACCUGCUGGGAAGCGCGGGGGAUGACGGGGGUGGCGGCGCUGCUGCGGCCGCGGCUGCCGUGCAGCCCUGGUCGGAUUUCCUGGUGUACGCCGUGCUCGCAGCGCUGCCGUGGUGCGGUCGGGACCUGGCGGCGGCAGCGAGCCUGGGCGACAUUGACGGCAGCGGUGACGGCGGGACGAGCCUGACGGGUCUGCUGGCGAUUGUGGAGUCGUACAUGGCGUCUAGGCCUGUGUCUGUGGAUGAGUCUCUUCGGCCCAUGUUGGGCUCCCGUAGUGAGGAGGACCUGGCCGCCAGGAGUGACAGUGGCGGCGCCUCCUUCCUGGGUGAGCUGUGGUCCGCCAUCAUGGAGUGCCGGGACAACGCCUGGGAGGUGCAGGUGCUGCCGGGGCCGCAUGUGCCGUACCUGCAGAAGCUGGCGGCGGCACAGCCCCUGCAGGACCUGGAGCCGCUGGAGCUGCCCACCUGGCCCGCAGGAGUGGACACCUCCUCCCCCCCGGCUGUCAUGUCGGCCCGUGUUCGCCGGCUGCUCCCCCCCCGGGGCGGCAUCCGGCUGCUCGCCCGCGAGUACCUGGGUAAGGACCUGCCGGCUGUGGAGCGGCUGAUCGUGGAGGAGUACGUUCUGGAUACCCUGGCCUUACUCAGCAGCGACAGGACCGCCUGCGUCCUGACUCUCUCCGGGGCGCUACCCCACCACCUGGCCUCCGUGUUUGGUUCCGCCGACCGGACCAACGUGCGCAACUUCGUAGCCGAGGCGCUGUUCAGCCAGAUGCUGCGGCUCCCUAGCCCCGCCCUCUCCCACGCCGCCUACUGCACCGUGCUGGUGGAUCUGUGCAAAGUGCCGCAGUUCCAAUUCGCCCGGGCGCUGUCUUCCUGCGUGCGGGAGCUCUUCGGCUGUAUGCCGUACCUGGAUCCGGAGCUGCGUUUCCGCCUGGCGUCGUGGCUGUCGUAUCACCUCUGUUCUUUUGGGUUUCAGUGGCCGUGGGACCGGUGGCAGUGGGUUUCGGAGCGGCCGGUUCAUGACCCGCAGCGGUGCUUUGUGAUGCUGCUGCUGCACCGCCUGCUGAGGCUGGCGGACUAUCCGGUGGUGAAGCAGUCCCUGCCGCCCUACUUCCAGGCGCUGCUGGGUGCUCCCCCCGCCCUGUCAGGGCCCCCCCUGCCUGGCAACCUGCCACACCACCAGCCCGCGCACAUGCAACCUCCCAAGGAUCCAUCACAACAACAACAGCAGCAGCAGGCGCCCGCAGCUCGCCGACGUGGCGGCCCCCACCGUCGCGACAUCACCGACGAAGCCGACCCCGAUCUCCUGGAAGACGACCAAUUGCAGCAGGAGCAGCAGCAGCCGGGGGCCGGGCCGGGUGCUAUGCAAGUGGAUGGGGAGGAGCGGCCUCAGCCUCAGCCCGAGCAGCAGGGGAGUCAGGGUGGGAAUGGUGUCAAAGGCGAGGGCGAGGGUGGAGCAGCGGGUGGGGAGGGGGCCGCGGAGGUGGCCCGCCAGCAGGCGGCGGCGGCGGCAGCAUCCUGGUCUGUAGACCCAGUCUCCGAGGCGGCUGGUCUGCUGGUAAUGUGGUGCCGUCAGGAGGGCAGCUCAGUGGCUGCGGCCAGCAAGGCCCGGUCGCUGCGGCCCGAGCAGGUGGCGGCGCUGUGGUCGACCAAGGUGAUGGACUGGCUGCAUGCCAACUGCGGGCACCUAGUGGAGCAGCAGGGGCCGCUGGCGACGGCCAAGGUUCUCGCCAUUCUCAUCUUAGCCAUGGGCGUCAAGUCUCCCUCCCAUCUGCACGUGGCAGUAGAGCGGUACGCGGAGGCGGUACGCAGCUGCCUGGUGGAGGCGGAUGUGGAGGCGGGGGCGCUGGGGCUGCUGCAGCCGGGGACGUGGGAGGCGACCGCAGCCGCGCUGGGUGCCAGUCCCGGGCAGAUGGCCAUGAUGGGUGUAGUACGGCGGUACCACGGCGGGGAGCCUCAGCGGCUGCUGCUGGUAGUGGAUAGGAUGCUGGCGCUGCACGUGAUUGAGGGCGCUGGUGUGGUGGCGGCGUUGUUUGGGGACCGGGAGGCGGGGGAGGAGGAGAAGAAGGGGGAGCAAGGGGGGAGUGGAGGGAGAUUGGAGGGUGAAAGGGAGGGGGCACGGGGAGUUGUGGGGGAGGUGCAGAUGGGGGAGGCGGAGGAGGGACGUGGCGGCGGUGGCGCGGCAGCGGCUACGUGUGCAUUGAGCUGCUUCCAUGAGCCUGUGCUGUGCAGUGGCUGCUGGGAGGUGUUGCUUCACGCCCUGGACCGCGUAGUGAGGAUGCCCCUAGAGCUGCCAGCGGAGCUGGAGGGCUGGGAGAAGAAGAUGGCGCAACUGGAGUCCAUUCACUCGGGUGUGGUCCAAAGUGUUGCGGCGGGGGCUCCGGGGCUGGUUCAGCGGGAGAGAGACGUGGCGGCGCAGGUUGAGCAGGCCAGUCGGUGUGUGGAGGUGGUGCGGGACUGCCUGGAACGGAGCAGUGCUCAGGCCCAAGACUCAUUGCUGCUGACGUACCUGGGCUUUGUUCGUCUGUUCAACCGCGCCAUGGUGCGGAUGGAUACCGCCACUGAUGACGAGUCCGCCACCCAGGCCGAGUCGGCUGUGUCGCUGCUGUCGGGCUGGCUGAGGUCGGUGCUGCGGCGCUAUGCGGAGCCCUCCGCAGCGCUGGUAGGCAGUGGCCGACUGCGGGAGGAGCUACAGGCGCACGAGGUGGCGCUGGGGGGCCCGCCACCGGAGCCGUUCAGACAGGCCGUGGAGGUGCAGCUGGGGUUGCGGGUGUGA